AUGGGUCCUCGGAUCAAACGGAGGCGUCUAACGGACAUCUCUGGUGACCUCAGCGACACGGAAAUCUGCAAGCCAGCAAGUCAGCUAGAAAAGAACAGCUGGAAUGGAUUCUGUGAGAUCGAGUCUGAGCCGGCUCUAUUUAAUGUGAUGCUCCGGGAGUUCGGGGUGAAAGGUGUUAAGGUCCAGGAAGUAGUAUCUUUGGAUGAAGAAAUGAUGGCCUUCCUGGAUAAACCUAUCUACGGCUUGAUCUUCCUCUUCAGAUGGCGUGAAGACGAUGCCGAAAAGCAGGAAGCAAGCUGCCCAGAUGGGAUCUGGUUUGCCAAUCAGACGGCUAGCAAUGCCUGUGCUAGUGUAGCCCUGCUGAAUAUCGUGAACAAUAUCCCCGACAUCGACCUGGGGGAGAAUCUACGACACUUUAAAGAGUUCACGAUGCCGUUUACGCCAGCUUUACGAGGAGAUGCUAUUGCCAACUUCGAGUUCGUCAAGCGGGUGCAUAACUCCUUCGCGCGCAAGAUGGACAUUCUCAAUUCAGACCUCCAGCUCCAUUCUGAGGCCAAAACCCGCAAAGCAUCGUCCACGAGCCAGGCCGGGGAGAAUGAGUCGGACUCAUCCUUCCAUUUCAUCGCGUUCAUGCCGGUCAUGGGCCAAGUGUGGAAGUUUGAUGGGCUGGAACGGCAACCGCAAUCGAUCGGGGAUUGUUCCGAAGCCGACUGGUUGGACCUCGUAAGGCCUAAUCUCCUGGAUCGGAUGGCUGCCUAUGAGGAGGAUCAAAUUGAAUUCUCGAUCCUGGGAUUGGUGCGAGAUCCCCUGCCUGACCUCCUCCACCAGCUCGCUGUCAAUGUGAAGAGUCUGGAGACGGUCCACGCGCGUCUACUGCCCCAUGGCGCUACCACGGCAGCUGCGACGCUCGAAGGAACGGUGAUCGGCCCGGAGCCGUCCCUUGCGUUGACCCGCGCCGCGAUCGAUGCGGCUGUGAUCCCGGAGGCAACCCAGCAGGAAUACCAGAGCUGCUCACCGAGCCAGCAUCAGCAACACCAACAGACGCUCAAUCAAGCCCAGGUCGAGCUUCGGUCACGCAUCCGAGAGGAACAGCAGUCGCAGCGAGCGGACGAGGACCAUGCGACCGGGCGACGGUACGACUACGGGCCCGCAAUCCGGACGUGGCUACGAUUCCUGGCGCGCAAGCAGUUGCUGGCGGAGUUGCUUCAAUAG